AUCAGCCAGAGGUUUCUGCUUAAGACUCAUCUCCUCAUUUUUAGGACGGAUUCGGCUUUUUUUGAGGUUUUUUUUCCUGUUCAGAGUGCUCAGAUCUGGAGGAUUUCUAAUCCCACACUCCAUCAAAAUGUCUGUCCUUUUUUCCAUUGCACUUUCUGUCCAGUUCAGAGGCGUGAAGACGGAGGUGAAGAUCGCAGAUUCUCACGCACUCUGCCAAAAGGAGGAUGGGUCUCUAGCAGUGGUCUCCAGUUCUGAGUUUGAUGUAACGCCUGAAUCAGCAUGGAGUACAGUCUGUUCCCGACGCUUUCUUUGAACUGCUGCUAGGGGGCAGACUGAAAUGGGAGCCAUGGACGGAGGUCUAACGGACAACUCCUCCAUCAGUGCCAAUGCUUCGGACAUCCACCUCGUCACACAUAGCCUGUGGGAGGUCAUCACUAUAGCAACCGUGUCGGCCAUAGUGAGCCUGAUCACAAUAAUUGGGAACGUUCUUGUAAUGCUGUCCUUCAAAGUCAACAGUCAGCUGAAAACUGUUAAUAACUACUAUUUGCUGAGCCUGGCUUUUGCUGACCUUAUCAUUGGUAUAUUUUCCAUGAAUUUAUACACUUCCUACAUAUUGAUGGGCUACUGGUCACUAGGUAACCUAGCAUGUGACCUGUGGUUGGCUCUGGAUUAUGUGGCCAGCAAUGCCUCAGUAAUGAACUUGCUGGUAAUUAGCUUUGACCGCUACUUCUCCAUUACAAGGCCUCUGACCUACAGAGCCAAGCGAACGCCAAAGCGUGCUGGAAUCAUGAUUGGCCUGGCCUGGCUUGUGUCCUUCGUCCUGUGGGCGCCUCCAAUUCUGUGCUGGCAGUACUUCGUAGGCAAGAGAACGGUGCCGGAGAGACAGUGUCAAAUCCAGUUCUUCUCAGAGCCAGUGAUAACCUUCGGCACUGCCAUCGCUGCAUUUUAUGUCCCCGUUUCAGUCAUGACCAUCCUGUAUUGUCGGAUAUACAAAGAAACAGAGAAGCGCACUAAAGACCUGGCCGAGCUCCAGGGUGUCAACCACUCUACAGACUCUGACAAUAAAGCCCAGCCUCAGAGGGCCAUCAUCAGGUCCUGCUUCAGCAGCAUCUCCAGAGACCAGAAGCAGAAACAGUCAUCCUGGUCUUUGUCCAGCCGCAGCAAAGCUGCCAAAUCUGCCACCGCGUCCAAUGACGAGUGGUCCAAAGCUGACCAGCUGGCCACCUUCAACAGCUACGCCUCUUCUGAAGAUGAGGAGCGGCCAGUAUCUCCUGGACUCCUGCCGGCUUACAGAAACCAUGCCUGUGGAGAGAACAAAGCAGCGCUGUCCAACGACGGUGAACAGCUGAGCAGUCAUGAAGACGAGAACUUCUUCCCAUCACCGAUCAAGGCUAACUCCCAAAAGAGCAAGAAGUGCGUCUCAUACAAGUUCAAGCCAGCUGCCAAGGAAAGCAACUCUCUGCAGACAAGGAACGAAGACACCAAAGCAGCUUCCUUCUCCUCGGCUGAGUCCAUGAGCGUGCCCUCCACGGCCUCAUCCUCCAAGCCUAUUGAUGCGACUCUCAAGAGCCAGAUAACCAAGCGCAAGAGAAUGGUCCUGAUCAAGGAAAGGAAAGCAGCCCAGACUCUCAGUGCCAUUCUGCUGGCCUUCAUUCUCACAUGGACACCUUACAAUAUCAUGGUACUCAUCUCCACCUUCUGUUCUGAUUGUAUCCCCCUGUCCCUCUGGCACCUAGGCUACUGGCUGUGCUACGUCAACAGCACUGUCAACCCAAUGUGCUACGCCCUCUGCAACAAGACCUUUCAAAAGACCUUCCGCAUGCUCCUCCUCUGCCAGUGGAAGAAGAAGAGGGUAGAGGAGAAGCUUUACUGGUAUGGACAAAACCCUGCUGUAGGCACUAAGUUAACCUAAAUGCAUCUGAACAAAAAGAAUGGAACAUAGAGGAGGAACUUGUUUAUUAGCAGAACCUUCUGGACAUCACCACUGGCUUCAGUAUAACUGAAUACGUAAUGUGACCAUAGACUCUGCAUUGUUUUCCGGUUCAUAGGAACAUGGGUUUCUCAAAUCACUUGUCAAACAUUUAUAAACUAAUGAAGCGCUGAACAAUGGUUGACUGGUUUAUUGUUCAAGAUGAGGUACAUCUGUGUGUUGCUAAAAGAACAAAUAUAUACUCACAAUUCUUGGUCAGUGAUUUGUAAUUGUUGUUCUGCUAUUUAUGCUUGUCACAAUGUUAGUCUUAAGGGCUAUUACUGUUUCUGCUAUUAG